ACCCCAUGAUGGAAUGAAUCUCCACUAUAUAUUUAUACAUUUGUAUUUAGCUAACCAACACCAAAGAGCCAAAAUCUUAUCGUUGUUGUUUGCAUUUAAUUUUACAUAGAAACGUUCACAAAGAUAUUCAUCAAUAUUGUUCAAGUGAUUUCAUUUCAACCUCAACAAGAACAAAAUGACGAUCAUAGAACUUAGAGUACACAUGGAUUGCCCUGGAUGUGAGAACAAGGUGAAAAGUUCACUUCAAAAACUCAAAGGUGUGGAUAGCAUUGAAAUAGACAUGAGUUUGCAAAAGGUGACAGUGAAUGGCUGGGCUGACCAAAAGAAGGUUCUAAAGACGGUUCGGAAAACCGGCCGGCGAGCCGAGCUAUGGCAGGUUCCAUACAGCACCAAUGUUGAUGACCAAUAUUUGGUUCAGCAACACCAUUGCAAUGGCCCUAUCAACUACUAUGCAUCUCAACCUUCCUCAUCUUACAAUUACUACAAGCAUGGCUAUGAUAGUAGUGAUCCUCGCUAUUAUAAUUACCCUUCUCAAUCUUCUAUCAUUACCCGUCAAACUGGUGCUACUUUUAGUGAUGACAAUCCUCAUGCUUGUUCUAUUAUGUGAUCAUUUAUAUCAAACUCAUACCAAUCAAAGUAAUAGUGUAUUAUGUAAUAUAUAUAAAAUAAUAAUGUACUAUGA